AUGGCUGAUAUUCCCGAGUCCUCGGAGCACAUUGACACCGAGGAAACCAGCACUGUCGAGGAAAGCAUGAAUCUGGUCGACACUGUCGACGACCAUACUCUGGACUGGGUCGGUGCCGAACCCCGGGGGAUAGCUUCGAUCUAUAGCUAUACCGGCAGGAAAACUUAUAUUAUCGUCGAGUACGGCGGCGGCCAGGAGGGGUUUCAGAGAAAUUUUAAGAUCAUGAGGCCGACAAGGGACGUCCGCAUUUGCUCAGAGUUUACUCAGGACGCCUUCCCUGUGUACGAGAUCGUAUUUAAAGAUCUCGGGCUCUGGCUACCUUUCAACGACUUCCAGAUGGGAGUGUUCAAUCACUUGAACCUGGCUCCCUCCCAGAUUCAUCCUAACGUGAUUGCCUUUAUUUGGGCAUUCGAACUUACAUGUCGUUUCCUGAGGAUCGGGGCAACGAUUCCCCUAAUCUUUAGGGUUUUUCACCUGCAACGACAAUCCUGA